AUGUCCGGAACCCGGUGUUGGAUCAUCUUCGCUGCCGGGGACUCGCAGGCGUACGAGAAGGCGCUGGGACGGCAACAAGAGCUCGUGAAGUGGCUCGGGGAGAACGGGGUGAAGUACGGCCUGGCGGGGAAGCUGGAAGACUUGGACGACGCUGGGCGAGAAACGUUGACAGCAGUGUACGAGGGUGACACAAAGGUUUCGCUCCAGCCAUCCGACCUCUCCCCUCCGCCGUCUCUUCUCCUCCCUCGACUAUCUUUCACUCUCUCUUCCGCGCCCGGGCUGAAGAAGACAACCGCCAACUUCCUUGCUCUCCUCACGGACGAGAAGAAGCUCGUCUCGAAGCGACCUCCCAAUCCGCCGUUGCGGUACAAGGGCAACCGCGUUUUCAGGAUCGAAGAGGGCUUCGUUGCGCAGACGGGUGAUGUGACGCGGCAUGACGGCAGUGGUGGGGAGUCCAUAUACGGCGGAUCUUUCAACGACGAAAAGGACGGCCUGAAGACACCCUUCCAGCUCGGCACAAUAGCGAUGGCGAACUCGGGCAAGAACUCCAAUACUUCCCAGUUCUUUGUCACGCUCGCCUCGGACCCCGUCAAGCUGAAGAAGCUCAACGGCAAGUACGUUGCGUUCGGCCAGGCCGACCUCGAGGACGACGAGACGAAGCGAUGCCUCGAGCGCCUCAACCAGCUGGCGGACGGGAAGGGCGGUACAAGCAUGCCUGUAUGGAUUGAGGACUGCAACGUUGCGCAGUAG